AUGUCAGCUGCGCAGCUCCUAAACCCCAAGGCCGAAUCCAGACGGCGGGGUGAAGCUCUCAAAGUCAACAUCAGUGCUGGCGAGGGUCUACAAGAUGUCCUCAAGUCCAACUUGGGGCCCCUAGGCACCAUCAAGAUGUUGGUGGAUGGCGCUGGACAGAUCAAGCUCACCAAGGACGGCAACGUUCUGCUCCGAGAGAUGCAAAUUCAGAACCCGACCGCAGUCAUGAUUGCGAGAGCAGCAACCGCGCAAGACGACAUCUGUGGUGACGGCACCACCUCGGUCGUGCUGCUGGUGGGCGAACUGUUGAAGCAGGCAGACCGAUACAUUGCCGAGGGACUGCAUCCCCGCAUCAUAACCGAAGGUUUCGAGAUUGCGAAAAACGAGUCGCUCAAGUUCCUCGAUUCCUUCAAGCUGACCAAGGAAGUCGAUCGAGAACUUCUCCUGUCCGUCGCCCGCACAUCCCUGUCCACUAAGCUCAACUCGACCUUGGCCUCCAAGCUGACCCCCGACAUCGUCGACGCCGUCCUUGCCAUCUACCAAGCCCCCGCGAAGCCCGACUUGCACAUGGUGGAGAUCAUGAAGAUGCAACACCGCAGCGCGUCCGAUACGCAGCUCAUUCGUGGUUUGGCAUUAGAUCACGGUGCAAGACACCCCGAUAUGCCCAAGCGGGUGGAAAACGCACAUAUCCUAGUUCUAAACGUGAGCUUAGAGUACGAGAAGUCAGAGGUUAACUCGAGCUUCUUCUAUUCGAGCGCAGACCAAAGAGACAAACUGGUCGAGAGCGAGCGAAAAUUCGUGGACUCGAAGCUGAAGAAGAUCGUGGACCUGAAGAAGGAAGUGUGUGGCAAUGAUCCCAAGAAGAGCUUUGUCAUCAUCAACCAGAAGGGUAUCGACCCCCUGUCUCUGGACGUUCUGGCCAAGAACGGCAUUUUCGCCCUGCGAAGAGCGAAGCGCAGAAACAUGGAGCGCCUACAGUUGAUUUGUGGUGGUACCGCACAGAAUAGCGUUGAGGAUCUGUCCCCCGACGUUCUGGGCUGGGCUGGACUGGUGUAUGAGCAGCAGCUGGGUGAGGAGAAGUACACAUUCAUCGAGGAGGUCAAGGACCCGAAGUCGGUGACGCUCAUGGUCAAGGGACCCAAUCAACACACUAUCACCCAGAUCACGGACGCUGUACGGGACGGUCUGCGCAGUGUCUACAACAUGAUUGUCGACAAGAGUGUGGUUCCGGGAGCCGGCGCGUUCCAGGUCGCGUGUGCGGGUCACUUGAAGAGCGAUGCUUUCAAGAAGACGGUCAAGGGCAAGGCGAAGUGGGGCGUAGACGCAUUCGCCGACGCCUUGCUGAUCAUUCCCAAGACGCUUGCCGCAAACGCCGGUCAUGACAUUCAAGAUGCCCUUGCGGCGCUUCAGGAUGAGCAUGCCGACGGCAACAUCGUCGGCUUGGAUUUGGUUCUCGGGGAGCCGAUGGAUCCCGUGUUGGAAGGUGUCUUCGAUUCGUUCAGGGUGCUGAGAAACUGUGUUGCAUCAUCCUCGAGCAUUGCAUCCAAUUUGUUGCUGUGUGACGAGCUUCUCAAGGCACGGCAAAUGGGACGACAAGGUGGUCCAGGCCCCGGCAUGGACGGGCCUGAGGAAUAA